AUGAGCGACGCAGUCGCACAUUCACAAAAAGAAGCCUCGCAAACUCGUCAUGCAUUGAAUUUCAAAUCUGAUGCUCCUGACAGCGAGAUCACUGUUGGAAAUUAUCGUUUAGAAAAAACUAUUGGCCAGGGAACAUAUGGCAAAGUCCGUCUUGGUGUUCAUACAUUAACAGAUGAAAAGGUGGCUGUCAAGGUUAUUGAAAAGUCACAAAUUCAAUCUGGCAAACAAGUAGCUCGCCUCCAACGUGAGAUCAGGUUUCUCAAAUUGCUCAAUCAUCCACAUAUUGUCAAGGUCCAUGAUGUGGUCGAAACAAACGACUUUAUAUACAUUGUCAUGGAGUAUGCGGUGGGUGGAGAGCUGUUCGACUACAUUGUGGCGCAUAAACGAGUAAAGGAAAAGGAAGCACGCAGUUUUUUUAGAAUGGUACUGAGUGCUGUAGACUAUUGCCACCAGAAUGCGGUCAUUCAUCGUGAUUUGAAACCAGAAAAUUUGUUAUUGGAUAGCAAAAAAAGUAUCAAAAUUAUAGAUUUUGGAUUUGGAAAUAACUUUACUCAAAAUGGACUACUUGAUACAUUUUGCGGAUCUCCGUUUUAUGCUGCACCAGAAAUGAUUCUAGGAAAAAAGUACGAAGGACCAGAGGUUGACAUGUGGAGUCUUGGUGUGAUUUUGUUUGCACUACUGUGCGGACACUUGCCAUUUGAUGAUGACAAUAUGAAGGAGUUGUACAAAAAAAUUUCAACUGGAAGCUAUAAAUGCCCGGAUUAUUUGAUGCCAAAUGCUCGACAUCUGAUUGGUAGACUAAUCACUGUGGAGCCCAAAAAACGUGCAACUCUUGCAGAAGUACUUUCUCACCCAUGGGUCAAU